AUGUCUAACGAAACCGUGGUUCUCAUCACUGGCGCAAACAGGGGCCUAGGCCUUGGCCUCGCAAAACUCUAUCUCAACCAACCCAACACCCGCAUCAUCCUCACCGCACGCAGCAACAGCCCGUCCACCAUUCUCAACGCCCUACCCCAAUCUUACCCGGGCACGCUGCAUGGCAUCUACAAACUCGACAGCGCCUCCACAAACGACGCAAUUGCACUCCGCGAAUCACUCCUUUCCCCCUUAACUGGAGUCAGUAAAAUCGACAUUAUCAUUGCCAACGCCGGUGUAGGCGAACCAUUGGACUCCGUCCUUGACGCACCCAUCGACGUGUUGGAGGAUUUCUAUCAGGUCAACACUCUCGGUCCCGUGCGGUUGUACCAGCAACUUUGGAAGGGGCUGCUAGAGAAAUCUGGGAAUCCGAAAUUUAUUCUUGUUAGUUCUGUGUUGGGGUCUCUUACGUAUGUUGAUCCGACGCCUUGUGGUGGGUAUGGAGCGUCGAAGGCGGCGGCGAAUUAUUUUCUGAGGAAGAUGCAUGAAGAGAAUAGGAGGUUGGUUGCUGUGACUGUGCAUCCGGGAUGGGUCAAAACGGAUAAUGGCCAGGCUUAUGCCGAUGCCGUCAAUGUGCCUGCGCCGCCUACAGAUGUAGAGGCCUCAGUCAAUAAGAUCUUUCAGCUGGUGUCUGAGGCUACACGAGAAAGCAAGUCUGGACAGUUUAUCGAUGCCAUGACUGGUAUCAAGAUUCCGUGGUAA